CUUCACGAUGCAUAUCCGCAUUACAUUUCUGAAUAUUCCCCGGGUUUUUCUCAGAAAAUGCUAUAAAUGGGGAUGGGUGAGAGAGGUGGAUGAAGAAGAUCGGCUUGAGAGCGUAGGUUGAGUGGUUUGUGAAGGUGUGGGAUAAGAUGGGGGUGAUGGGGCUAUCUUCUCCUUCUGCAGUUGCUACUGUGGUUAUUGUUUUGGGUUUGGUGUUGAAUGCAGCAGUGGUGUGUCAUGGAGGAAUCACAAGUAGUUUUGUGAGGAAGGUUGAAAAAACCAUUGAUAUGCCUCUUGACAGUGAUGUCUUUCGUGUGCCUCUUGGUUAUAAUGCCCCUCAGCAGGUUCAUAUAACACAAGGAGAUCAUGAGGGGAGAGGAGUGAUUGUCUCAUGGGUCACUGUGGAUGAACCAGGCUCAAACACAGUGCUCUACUGGAGUGAAAAGUCCAAGCGCAAGAACAGAGCUGAGGGAAUCAUGGUUACCUAUAAAUUCUACAAUUACACUUCUGGUUACAUUCAUCAUUGCACUAUCAAGAAUUUGGAGUUCAACACCAAGUAUUACUAUGUGGUCGGGAUUGAACACACUCCACGCAAGUUUUGGUUUGUAACUCCUCCUAAAGUUGGCCCCGAUGUUCCAUACACUUUUGGUCUUAUAGGGGAUCUUGGGCAGAGUUAUGAUUCAAAUAUGACACUUACGCACUAUGAAUUGAACCCUGCAAAGGGAAAAACCGUGUUGUUUGUUGGAGACCUUUCAUAUGCUGACAACUACCCGAACCAUGAUAACGUUAGGUGGGAUACAUGGGGAAGGUUCACUGAGAGAAGUACUGCUUAUCAACCUUGGAUAUGGACUGCAGGAAACCAUGAGAUUGAUUUUGUUCCUGAAAUUGGUGAGUUUAUACCCUUUAAGCCUUAUAGUCAUCGAUAUCAUGUUCCCUACAGAGCAUCAGAUAGUACCGCUCCCUUCUGGUACUCUAUCAAGAGGGCUUCUGCAUAUAUCAUUGUCUUGGCAUCAUACUCAGCAUAUGGAAAAUAUACUCCUCAGUUUAUGUGGCUUGAAAAGGAGCUACCAAAAGUUAACAGGAGUGAGACACCAUGGCUAAUUGUUCUUAUGCAUUCCCCAUGGUAUAACAGUUACAACUAUCAUUAUAUGGAAGGGGAAACCAUGAGAGUAAUGUACGAGCCAUGGUUUGUGCAGUACAAAGUUGAUGUUGUGUUUGCUGGUCAUGUUCAUGCCUACGAACGAUCUGAACGUGUGUCCAACAUUGCUUAUAACGUCAUAAAUGGCAUUUGCACUCCUGUAAAUGACCAGUCUGCACCAGUAUACAUCACCAUUGGAGAUGGGGGAAAUCUCGAAGGCCUGGCAACCAACAUGACAGAGCCACAGCCGAAGUACUCUGCUUAUCGUGAAGCCAGUUUUGGACACGCCAUUUUUGACAUCAAGAACCGAACCCAUGCUCACUAUAGUUGGCACCGCAACCAAGAUGGAUAUGCCGUGAAAGCUGAUUCCAUAUGGUUUUUCAACAGGUUCUGGCAUCCAGAAGACGAUUCCACAAGCACCCAGUCAUGAUGUUAUCAACCUUAUUUUGUUCUACUCUGUUUCAAUAAGCAGCUCAACUGCAGGAAUAUUUAGCUUGUUUUUCCUUCUUUCCUCUAUUGGUCUGCAUCUUCCCUUCCACUUCUUCUGCAUGGCUGCUGAUGUUCUCUGUAUCUGGAAGGCAUUCUCCUCUUUCAAGUGCUUGUUUCACUUAAUUGUAACUUUAAGUUCCUGGAAUCUGCAAGCAUUUGGGAGGAGGAAUUUGGAAACUAAUCAUCUUCCAAGCCCUUUAAAACUAGACAGUUAAGUAUUAUAAGACAAAAUGUGAAAUAAGGAGAAUAAGGAAAAUGAUUUAAGAUA